GAGCGGGAACCGACCCGUCAGACUUUUCACACUUAAGUGUUUUUUUCUUUCUUUUUCUUUUCCUCUUUAAUCCUUUUCGUUACCGCUACUCGGGCGCCGCGUGGCCCAAAGGGGAAGCAGGCGCGUGGACGCGCCAAGUCCCCAGGCCGCUGGAGCAGUGACAUUGCCCUUUCUGGCUCAGUAGCUCCGGGCCCGCGGCCGUGGCAGGCGCGAUCCCCGCGCGGGUCAGUUGCGCUCUGUCCCCCGAGCGAGAGGCGAGUGCGAAUCAGCUGCGCAGCGGCGAGCGCUGGGAGUCCGAGAGAGAUUAGAGGCGCGCACCGGGCGAAACGCGGCUCCCUUUGAAGCUCCCCAAAGCCGGCGAGCCAGCCCCCACCCUCCUACAUCAAAGUGUACGCUCGGUGGCUUCCAGCGUUGUUGCAAACUCUCAGGGCCCGGCUCCGGGCUUGUUUUGGUGAUUUCCCGCGGGGGUGGAGAAGAGGAGAAGUAGAGCCCUCUGAGCUUCUACUUCUACGGACGAGGGACGAGCGCCAGGGACCAAAGUCCGGGACUCUCCGAACCAAGGCAGCGCCGAACCCGCCAGCUCUCCAGCGGUCCUCGACCGUCGCCUCCUCCAGCGGGGCGUUUGGACAUUUCUGCUGCGCAGCUCGGACAGCAGCUCCGGCCGCCCGCGGUCCCGGUUCCAUUGGCCGGUCGCCUCCCAGUGAGCCGAGCCCACCCCCGGCGCAUCGGGCUCUCCAGAGCCCCAGCGGGGCCACCGGCCUGCGCGCCUGCGGGUUCGGGCCUGGCUGUGGGAUGUUAGCUGUGGGGGCGAUGGAGGGCCCCCGGCAGAGCGCGUUCCUGCUCAGCAGUCCGCCCCUGGCCGCCCUGCACAGCAUGGCCGAGAUGAAGACCCCGCUGUACCCCGCCGCCUACCCCCCGCUGCCCACCGGGCCCCCUUCUUCCUCCUCGUCCUCCUCGUCCUCGUCGCCCUCCCCGCCUUUGGGCUCUCACAAUCCAGGCGGCUUGAAGCCCCCGGCCGCGGGGGGCCUCUCGUCCCUGAACAGCCCCCCGCAGCAGCUCUCGGCCGCCACCCCGCACGGCAUUAACGACAUUCUGAGCCGGCCCUCCAUGCCGGUGGCCUCGGGGGCCGCCCUCCCUUCCGCCUCUCCCUCGGGGUCCUCUUCCUCCACCUCCUCGUCCGCCUCUGCCACCUCGGCCUCUGCGGCCGCAGCCGCUGCUGCUGCGGCCGCUGCCGCCGCCGCCUCUUCGCCCGCCGGGCUGCUGGCCGGCCUGCCCCGUUUCAGCAGCCUGAGCCCGCCGCCGCCACCGCCCGGGCUCUACUUCAGCCCCAGCGCUGCAGCCGUGGCCGCCGUGGGCCGGUACCCCAAGCCCCUGGCCGAGCUGCCCGGCAGGACGCCCAUCUUCUGGCCCGGGGUGAUGCAGAGCCCGCCUUGGAGGGACGCACGCCUGGCCUGUACCCCGCAUCAGGGAUCCAUUUUGUUGGACAAAGAUGGGAAGAGAAAACACACUAGACCCACGUUCUCUGGCCAACAGAUCUUCGCUCUGGAGAAGACCUUCGAACAAACGAAGUACCUGGCAGGGCCAGAGAGAGCUCGCUUGGCCUAUUCUUUGGGGAUGACGGAGAGUCAGGUCAAGGUCUGGUUCCAGAACCGCCGGACCAAGUGGAGAAAGAAGCACGCAGCCGAGAUGGCCACGGCCAAGAAGAAACAGGACUCGGAGACCGAGCGGCUCAAGGGGACUUCGGAGAACGAGGAAGACGACGACGAUUACAACAAGCCUCUGGACCCGAACUCUGAUGACGAGAAAAUCACGCAGCUGCUAAAAAAGCACAAGUCGAGCAGCGGCGGCCUCCUGCUGCACGCGUCGGAGGCCGAGGGCUCGUCCUGAGCGCCGCCCGCAGCGCCGGGAUCCCCGACCGCGCCGCUCAGCCGGUCCCGCCCGGGGCCCCAACACCCCGGCUGCUCCCCGGGUCUUUACUAUUUUCUAAGAUGUACAUAUCUAUUUUUUUAACCUAGAAAUUGUGGCGGGGGCUGGGGGUAGGACGGCCGUUGAUGAGAAGGAAGGGAGCCCGCCGAGUGUACUGCGCAAAAAAACCCGCAGCCGAACCCGCAACCCCAAGGCUUCCCAGGACCCUUACCACCCGCGACUUCAGCAUCGCCUCCCCUCCCCCCGCCCCCAUCCAGGCUCGGUCCCUGGCUCUGCGGUCCCUGAGCUCCGGGUCGUGUUUCUGAAGAGUCAACAGCCAACGCCUGGUGGGAAUCGUCCACCUCCUAGGGAAAAAGAGACGCUCCCGCGGCCCACAACUGCUCAACCCACUAAGUAACCUGUUGAAGGCUCUGUGUAAAUAAAUCGUGAGUCACACUGACUAGAAGUUACUUUAUUGUGAAUAUUUAAAAUGUAAAAUGCUUUUUGGAAUUUGGUAUAAAGAGAUGGACCUUUCCUCCCGUUGGUUUUAAGACCUAACACACCACUUGACCUGCUUUCAUUUUAACUUGGGAAUCGUAGGGAAAAAAAUGUCGUUGCCCUCCUCAGACACCUCCCUACUCAUUCCUCUUAGGGCUCUGGAUCUUUCCGAACGGCUUUUCUCCUUCACCGAUUCUGUCGCUGACCCGGCAGACCUCGCUGGGCCCCCGGGCAGCCCCAAGUCCCUCCCCCUGUCCUCCCCCAGGACUUGAAAUUGCAGAACCCGCAAGCUUCUCACACCAGCUUCUGGGUUCCCUUCCGAAAUUGCACAGUCGUUUGUUGCUAUUUAUUAGUGAUUUAAAGAAAAUAUUGGGGAGGGAGGGGCUACAAUAUCUUGUAUUUAAUUUAACUCCUUUCUGAUAAAAAAUGCGUAAAAGUAGAUGUUGGGAAUUGUUGCAAGCUCUCUGGGUCAGAACAUGAAAAUUCCAUUUAGUUGCUGCAAUCCAAUCCGAAGUGUUUUGUAUUAUAAGAAUACUAUAGAAUGUGUAAAUUGUUUUCUUUUUAAGCUAAUAACAGUGACAUAUUAGCCUCUUUAACAUUUAUUAAUUUAUACGGAAUUCGGUUUGUAAAGAAAAGGCAGCCCCUUUGCGAGACCCAUGAAAUGUAAUGCACUUUCUGUUUUGAAGGAGAAAUCUAA